AUGCUCUCCCAUCCCCCGCCCCUCUCUCGCCGCUCUUCGCCACAACUGACGCCCGCUCCUCGUGCCGGCGACUCGACGCAGCCGGUUUUGAGCGUGCACGUGGCCUCGGGGUUGGUUGAUGCCCCCGGUGGCCGGUGCCCCGGCGCACAGCCCCCCCGAUUGUAUCCGGGCGAUUCGCACACCUCCCUCGUUGGGCGUGGGUCUGUCUCGGCCGCCGACCAGUACUCGAUUGCCAUCCAGCCGGCGGCCGAGACGCACCUGGCCGUCGGCGGGUACGACCACACCAUCCGCCUGUUGAACCUCUCGGGCCAUCCGGCCCCGGCCUCCGGUGGCCGGCACUCUCUCGUCACGCAGGAGUUCUACGGCCACACGGGGUCCAUCACUGGGCUGUCCUUCUCCCCGACCGGUAGCCUGCUCAUCAGUGGCUCCAAGGACCGGACGAUCCGGUUCUGGGAUCUGCGCAGUGGCCGGUGUGUCAAAGUUCUCAAAGACCCGCGCAUUCUCGGCGAGAUCACCUCGGUCUCGCUGGGCGGCCCGGGGUCCCUCAACCUGGCGGCCCUCUCGCGUGAUGGCAUCAUUCGGAUCUGGGACCUGCGCACGGACUCGAGCCGCCGGCUGGCUGGCGUGCAGAACUCCACCAAGCAUUUCGUCCGCCUCACCUGGGCGCACAGCCGAUCGGUGCUGGCAUCCGGGUCGGAGGAUGGCAAUGUCCACCUCUGGGAGACCGGAACCGGCAAUGGCGCCGGAAGCAGCGGCGCGCUGGGCACCGGCGGCGGGCCCAGCACCGGCCGCCAUGGCAUGUCCGCCCUGGUCAAGCAGGCCACCAAUGCCGGGGGUCUGUGGCCCGGGGGGAGCGCCUGGCCCGGUGUCGGGGUCUCGCCCGACAUUCAGCCGCGCCUCCUCCGGACGCACCAGGCUGCACCCGUGUACGGGGUAGACUGGAAUGAGAGCCAGGGCAUGUUGCUCAGCUGUGGCGAGGACCGGACUGUCCGGACUUGGGGCUUUUCCGCCUGA